GAUGAUUUUAGCUCUUCGGGAUUUAAGAAAAAAUAUAUAAAUACGCUGUUUUAUUCCUUGUUUCUUCGUAUCCUUCAGAUCAAAUGGUUCGUGUCUUUUUACCUCUUAUUGCAUUCAUUGGCCUAGCAUUAGCUGUCCCUGUUGAGCAAUUGGCUCAGUCUACUCCUACAACUGAUUCAUCUACGCCUGCACCAAGGCCUACAAACUUCCAGCAUCCAUCUUACAACACUCAAGGACUUCCAGAAAGCAUUUUUCCUGAUUACUCCGACAUUGAACUUGGGCAUACAAACGGCCUGCACGAUGUUGUAAAGCACAUGGAAAUGCAAAACAAUGGACACAAAUUCUAAUUCAUUUUAUACAAUUAUACAUUUAUUUUUAACAUUAUCCAUUCAGUUCACCAUUGUAAUAAAGAAUAUUUAAUAUUACGUUCCACACCAAGAUUUGUUUCGUCUCUGUUUAUGAAAUGAUUAUCAUUUCAUCCAAAAGAUAUCCUUGUUUAUUAUUUUCACACAAGAUGCUUGGCCCAAAGUUUGCCAAAAAUAACUUUCCAUUGUUUAUAAAACUUUUUCACAAGAUCCUUUAGAAAUUCUUGAUACAUCCCAUUUUUUACCAUUCAGUUGUGGUAGUGCUAUUAUUUAUAAAACUACACUUCUACUAUCGUAACAUAUAAGGGUUAUG